UGAUGGGAGCAAAGGCUCGGAAGGGGGGCAUGAAAAGAUUUGUCGAAAAGCAUUGCACAUUCAAAGCAAUUUGGGGGGUUUACUCCCAAUGAGCAGCCAGCAAAUUGUAUGCAGAGAUGUGAUGGUUUCGAUCAAAAUCAGUUUCUAACGUCGGGGAUAGCCACUGAGUUACUGUUCCCUGAGUUUACCUCUGUCCUUGCAAUCUCAUGUCGUGCCUGAUCAUUUCCUGUGUGCACCAUGUGAAGUAAACUUUUCUUCAGACACAAACAUGCAGAGUCCACCACCACAUCCUGCUUAAUUUAUUUUCCCCUGGAGUAUAAAUAGCAAGCACGAAAGUCAUUGUUUGCAAACGAUUGCUCACUGCCUGAUGUGCAGUCGCCAUCAUAACCAUGGCUCUGUCUGCUCUCUGUCAAAAGGUCUUUCUUUUUGCGGUUUUGGCCUCGUCAGCUGAGUUUUGCAAAGUGACCAGAGGGCGACGUGACGCAAGAGGUAACCAGAGUUUAACAUCGAGGGAACCUCGUGCGAUAACAGUACGGCAUCCAUGGACCACCGUGGCGCUAACGGCAGGAAGUCCGAAAGUACGGAGUUUCCCCCUCUACAAAGAUGGCAACAACACUUUUCUGAAUGAUUCUACCAAGGAGCAUCUCAACAGUUCCAUUACCACGGUGGUGAUCCCGGUCAUUUCAAGCAUCGUCCUGAUCAUUGGCCUCCCGGCGAAUGGUCUUGCCCUUUGGGUUUUGGCCACCAAGGUCCAGAGGAUGCCCUCCACCAUCUUCCUGAUGAACCUGGCAACGGCCGACCUCCUCCUGAUCCUGGCGCUGCCCUUUAAAAUCCACUAUCACUUCCAGGGCAACAACUGGGUCUUCGGCGAAGCUCUGUGUCGGACGAUGACCGCCUUCUUCUACGGCAACAUGUACUGCUCCAUCCUCCUCCUCACCGUCAUUAGCAUCGACCGUUACUUUGCCCUGGUCCACCCGUUCUACUCCAAAGGCUUCAGAGACAAUAGGUUUGCUACGGUUACCUGCGUGACGAUUUGGUUUCUUGUUGGACUCUCCACCAUACCGUUCCUUUGGAAGAAGCAGGUGCACUGGUUGAAGAACCUAAAUAUCACGACCUGCCACGACGUCUUGCCGGAAGAUGUGGCCUCCGAUUACUACUUCGUGUGUCUGAUCGCUUUUGGCUUUCUCAUCCCGUUUCUCAUCACGAUAUUCUGCAACGUGUCGGUAAUCCGAGCGCUGGCCGUUAGCGCGGGGCCGUUCGGCCUGGCUGUGCGGAACAUGACAUUGGUGAUGAUUGUGUUUGUGGUGUGUUUUCUCCCCAGCAAUAUAAUCCUACUCAUCCACCAUUCCGGAAGCACCUACAGGUACCUCUAUCAUUAUUACAUGAUCUGUCUGAUGCUGUGCACCCUCAACAACUGCAUCGACCCCUUCAUCUACUACUACCUCUCGGACGAUUUCCGGAGUAAAGUGAGAAGCCUGACCUUCUGCACGAGAACGAACGAGGGUUCACGAAAAUCAGCUAGGCCCCUGGCCCAGACAAACACCUCCUCUACUCCGGACAGCAAGGUGUCGAGCAAUUGAAGUUGGUCUCUGUGAACAUGACCAGACUCUCAGUCGUAUCGGAGUAGCAAAGCCAGCAAUCUCUAGCUUGAUCAGUGACAUGCCUACUCAACCAGGAUGUUGCUUCCAAUAAAUCACUCCCUGUCUAACAACAAGAGAAAGCCCUCGACACAUGAAACCAGGACUGAUCCCAAUUAACAUUGGGAAAAGGUCGCGUCUUAAUGGUCGGGCAAAACGCACGGGUCUCACUGCACUUAAUGUCAGCAAGAAGACUGUACGUGAUUACAAUCAAGCUGUCCAGAUCGUACACACAGAAUAAAGUUAGCCUCUCUAUUUGGCUGUCAUAAUGAAAACACUCCACGCCAGGCAAGAUCUUGGUGAAUCUGCACUCUCUCCAGAACUUUAACAUCCGUCCUGUAGUGCGGUGUGCUGUACUCCAGAUGUUUUAUUAACAUUGCCUGUGUUGGAUAGUGCUAGUGUAUGGGGUGAUCACUGGUCGGCAUGGGCCGAAGGGCCUGUUUCUGUCCUGUAUCUCAAAAUUAAUGUAUGUGUCUUAACGUCUAUGUAAUUACAUAAUGCAAACAUUGUCAAAUGGAGGAAAAUGCAUCAAAUUCCCUGUUUGUGAUGAAUAUUUGGAUGUGUAACUUGCCUCAGAAUUAAAAACCUUUUGAAAAUAAAACAUUG